UGUUUCGGAUCUGGCGCGAAAACGACGUAUAAAAAUGAGUAUUUCUGCAAUAUUAUUAGUAUGCAUAUUGCAAUGGCUUGUUAAUACAGCCAUUUCCCGCGAAUACAAUUACACCUAUAACAGGAUUGGCGAUGGCAAUUACUUUGUGGGCUUGGAACACACGGUGAGAAACUAAGAGCGUGAAGAAACGCAGACAAUUCAAAUGCAUUUCGGACUCACCAUUCCCUUUGAGGAUCAGGAAUUUUUCGAUUGGUUCGAUGCCCGUCAGAGCUGUUUGGAUCAUAAUGGCCAGCUGGUGUCGGUGCAGACGGAAGCGAAGAUGAUUGAACUGCAGGACUAUCUUGUGGCCAAGGGAUAUGCGAAUGGAAGCACAUUUUCCACAUCCGGGCAUAAUUUUAAUCAGGAAAAUCCAUUCAGUUGGGAUGCACUGAAACAGCGGUUUAACUACUCCAAAUGGCUGCCCAAUGAGGAACCGCGCUUAAAGGGUUUUGUGGGUCUGCAACUGAUCGGCAAGGAGCUGUUCAUGUUCAGAUCGUGGGGUUAUGAUCAGUUUUAUAUAUGUGAAGAAAACUCGAUAUUGCAAAAGCUUUGGUUACUCCUAGAUAGUGUUUAUACUCUUAUAUUCAUUACAUUUGUUUUAGUUCUAUUAAUUUGUUAUAAAAUACGACGAGAAACACGGUCACCACAUUGUUACGUCAAACCACGAAAUGUUAGAAAAUAAUAUAUCACAAAGAGUUAUAAAGGCUUGAAUAUAUUUUUAGUUUUUAACAUCUUUUAAUUAAUUAAUAUUUUAAGACAAACGAAAGUUUCUUUUUCAAACGUGAUAUAUCAUGUAAUGAAUUAACAUUUAAACAUUUUGGGUUUGUUUCUUAAUUUAAAACUUAUUGCACUUUAAUUGUAUUGCUAGACACUGGUCUAAAUAAGCUGGUAGACACUGUAUAUAACGUACCCUAAACACUUGGCCAACUGAACACCUGGAUAUCCGAUACCAAGAAACUUUUGUUGAGAUCUUUGCAAUUUGUUGCUUUCCACUUGGAGUUAUAUAAAAGCUGAUGUAAGCUUCGAUUUAGUUUACAGUUUUCGUUUAUUCUAUGGAAGAUGGCAAUGCCAAUUGGAAUAGCCUGGAAUCUAUUUUUACUCGUACUCCUUAUGUUAACUAGUUAUGUAUGCAUAUAUUUAGAGUUCUGGAAAUCGCGUUGCACGCAACCUUUUGUGGAGAUUGGCGACAAUUGUUACUUUCUCUCCACCAACAAAGCACCCACCUAUGAUUACUAUAAGGUGUCCUACAAGGGUCACAUAUUCAGUGUGCCCGCUGAACUUGAUUGGCUGCAAGCCAGAUUUGCCUGCGAGACACUCGACGCCAAUGCGCAACUGUUGACCAUGAAGUCCGUUGAGGAGAUGAGCUAUCUGGCCAAUUAUAUGCGCCGUUAUGCCCACUCGGGCACCCAACCAUUCUUCUGGAGCGGCGGACAUCGCGGCAGUCUGUCCCACAGUGAGACCGAUCUUAGCACCCUGGACAAUUAUUACUGGCACUUCGAGCCGUAUCCCAUGAACUACUCCAAUUUCUUCAAAUCAAAUAAUUUACGCUUUGCGUCCGGUUUCUGCGUUUAUUUGGAGUAUAUCGGUGGAGAGCUGCUUAUGGCCACAGCCAGUUGUAAUCAAAAAAUGCCAUUCGCUUGCCAACUUCAGCCUUUACAUUAAUGUCCAGUGCUUCUCGCAUUCAUCAUUAAAUUUUGAAAUAACUUGGGAAAUAAAUAAGAAAAGUAAAAAAACAAAGAAGAAC